AUGUCCUGGACCCCAGAGUGGAAGAGGGCGGAGCUUAAUCCCAGAGAUCUUGGGACCCGCAGGCGUGGCAGGGGCGGCAGAGGCAGCAGCUGGAAUGGCCCCUCUAACCAUCAGGGGCCUAGGGCCACAGACUCCAAUGAACCACCACUCUGCUUUAGAUUGAAGAAUGAUGUGGUUGGUAUAGUAAUUGGUCGCGGAGGCUCAAAAAUAAAGGAACUACAACAUUUGACAAACACUAAAAUACAAAUCAAAAGGGGGGAUUCCGAGUCAGAGGUAAAAAUUUUUGGUGGCAAAGACAAGAAAGAAAACGCCAAAAAAGCUAUAGAAACUCUUAUUAAAAAACAAGAAAGCUACAAUUCAGAAUCCAAUGUUGAUAAUACCACACCUCAAACCCCUGUUGAAAGAGACUUAAGUACAGAUGAUAUUGUUAGGCAAGCUCGGCCACUGAUAGACUGGGAUCAUGUUAAGGCAGAAGUGGAAGAGUGGAAAAAAAAGAAAUGGGCAGAUUUACCACCAAUCAAGAAAAACUUCUACAUAGAAUCCAAAGCAACAAGUUCCAUGUCUCAAGUGCAGUCAGAUAACUGGAGAAAGGAAAAUUUCAACAUAAUGUGUGAUGACUUGAAAGAUGGUGGAAAACGUCCCAUCCCCAAUCCAACUUGUGAUUUUAAAGAUGCCUUUCAAAAUUGCCCAGAACUUUUGAAAAGCAUAGAAAAGGCAGGUUUUAAAAAGCCAACUCCAAUUCAGUCACAGGCAUGGCCAGUUGUUUUACAAGGAAUAGAUCUUAUAGGAAUCGCCCAAACGGGAACAGGCAAAACAUUGUCCUAUUUAUUACCUGGGUUAAUUCAUCUUGAUUCCCAGCCAGUUCCCAAAGAAGAAAGAAAUGGGCCUGGGAUGCUAGUUCUCACACCCACUAGAGAAUUAGCUCUUCAGGUAGAAGCUGAAUGUUCAAAGUAUUCAUAUAAAGAUCUUAAAAGCAUUUGUGUAUAUGGUGGUGGAAAUAGAAAAGGACAAAUAGAAGGCAUUAUCAAUGGUGUAGAUAUCAUCAUUGCAACUCCAGGGAGACUAAAUGAUCUACAAAUGAAUAAUUUUGUCAACCUAAGAAGCAUAACCUACUUGGUCUUAGAUGAGGCAGAUAAAAUGCUAGAUCUGGGGUUUGAACACCAGAUAAUGAAGAUUUUAUUAGAUGUGCGCCCAGACCGGCAGACUGUUAUGACAAGUGCAACUUGGCCAGAUGCUGUCCGUCACCUUGCACACUCUUAUUUGAAAGAGCCUAUGCUUGUUUAUGUUGGUACUCUGGAUCUAGUUGCUGUAAAUACAGUGAAGCAAAAUGUAAUUGUCACUACAGAAAAAGAAAAACGAACAAUUUUCCAAGAUUUCCUACAUGACCUGUCACCCAACGACAAAGUCAUUGUAUUUGUUGGCAGGAAACUUACUGUUGAUGAUUUAUCAAGUGACUUAGGAAUCCAAGGCAUGCCUGUACAAUCACUACAUGGCAACAGAGAACAGAGAGACCGAGAGGAAGCAUUAGAGGACUUUAAAAGUGGAAAAGUGAGGAUACUGAUUACCACCGAUGUAGCAUCUCGAGGUCUCGAUGUUAAUGAUAUUACCCACGUAUAUAAUUAUGAUUUCCCACGUAAUAUUGAAGAAUAUAUACACAGAGUAGGGCGUACUGGAAGAGCAGGAAAGACAGGCAUAUCAGUUACCUUGCUCACUUCACAUGAUUGGAAAUUUGCCAGUGAAUUGAUUAAAAUUCUGGAAAGAGCAAAUGAAAGUGUUCCAGAAGAACUUGAAGUAAUGGCUGAACAAUACCAGCUACAUCAACAAGAAAGGAACACAGGAAGAUGGUCAAGAAAAUAUGGAGGAAAACCUAAGGAGUUUUAUUAA